CCUUCCGCGCUCCCCGAGCGACGGCGCACGCCGCCUGUUCUACCGAAUACCGCUCCAGAGCGGGAGGCUUCGGCCAUGGCGAGCGGGGUGGAUAGCAUCAGCGCCCUCCCGGACGACGUCCUCCACAGCGUGCUCCGUUUACUUCCGGCUGAAGAGGUGGUGCGGACGUGCGUGCUCGCCCGGCGCUGGCGCGGCGUCUGGAGAUCCGUGCCCUCCCUCCGCUUCAACGGCGCCGAGGGGUGGGGCAGCGCCGACAGGUUCGCCCAGUUCGUGGACCACCUGCUCCACCUCAGAUUCGCGGGCGACGGCGGCGCAAGGGCGCCUCUGGAUUCCUGCGAAUUCGACUUCGACGCCGACGGGUUCAUGCAAUUGCCGGCUAACGAGCGGCACGCGAGCCACUGGAUCUGGCAAGCCGUGCCCCAUGUCCGGGUGCUUCGGCUUCAUGUCAUCGAGUUUGAGCAGGAACCCUCACCGCUAUCUGAUCUGCGUCUCGUUUCCCAGCACCUCACGAGAUUAGAUCUUGUUGGUGUAGCUGUCAACGACAGCGUUAUGGAUUUUUCAGGCUGUCCGGCAUUGGUGGAACUGAGUAUGGAGGUCUGCGAUGUUUUCGCCAACCAGCUGUUGUCUCCAUCCUUGAAGCAUCUGCGCAUUGCCCGCUGCUUUACUGCCGAGGAUACUCGCAUCCUUAUUUCUCUACCAAGUCUCGUUUCGCUCGAGUUGAUUGUAUGCCGCCAAGGAAGGAGCCCAUUGCUCGGAAGCAUGCCGCUGUUAGCAAGAGCUGUUGUUGUACUUAAGAAUGAUUGUGCUGAUCGGUGCUUUAAGGGUCGAUUUAAUGAUUGUGGUGAUACAUGUUAUGGUUGUCGUUAUUAUUAUGGAGAUCCUGCGUUUGGACCUACUUAUGACCGCAACGACAGCAUAUUUCUCAAAGGUUUGUCCGAGGCUACGGACUUGGAGCUGUCAGCUGAUUCUGAUGUGAUUCUUUUUGACAGGGAUUUGAAGUGGUGCCCUACAUUUACCAAGUUAAAGACUUUGUUACUCAAUGACUGGUGCUUGGCUGCUGGCCACAAUGCACUAAUCUGUUUUCUCCAGCACUCACCAAUUUUGGAGAAGCUUACACUUCAACUUUCUAAGGCUUCAACUUUGUUUGCACUGAUUUCAGCUAAAACUAGAGGGUGCAGUUGGAUCAGUACCCAAACCCUUCUGGGAAAGAUGAGUGAUAUGAUCCAUCAGUGGAAGAUCUUAUUCUUGGGAAAUCAGUCGGUGCUACUUCAGAGUCGCUUGCAAUGACUGGAUCAUCAAAGAGGAGAACUCCUGCAGAUCUCCUCAUGAAGAUGAGGGAUGCAAGCAAGAAGGACUUGUAGUUGGGCUUCAUCCUGAGAACUCACUCUAGUUGAAGCUUUGUGCCUGUAAUAAUUAGCUCUAUGCACUAUUUCUUUCUGCUUGCAUUUGGUUGAACUACCCUAACCGUUGUGGCAAUGCUAUGGGUUCUUUAAUUUCUCCUUCUGGCUCAGCUACUUUGGUGAGGCCCGAGCGAUGUGAACAGUUACAUCUUUUUUGCCUUGUUUUAAUAAAAACUAGCACAUAUGCAUGUGUGUUGCAAUGGGAGAGAAAAA